UGAAAUAUUCAUUUUUUUUCCUUUUAAAUGGUUGUAUUAUGAUCCACACUUCUAAUUAUGGUUCAGAUGGAAAUCUUUGAAAGAAUUAUAGAUAUAUGAUUUCACUUGUAUUUUAUUUUUGCUGCUGUUAUCACCAAGAUUUCACUAAUUUUUUUGGGUUUGAAAUAAAGGACCGCUUGGCAAGACUUGAAGCUGCACUUGCUAGUAAGGGAGAAUCAGGAAAUGAGGAAUUACUCAAGAUGGUUAGUGACCUUCAGUCAAAGUUGGAAGAUGUAAAAGCUGAGCAGGUUUCAGAAAGAGAAAAGGCUCUGAAAGAGGUACAGCAGCUUGCAGCAGAGAAUGCAAAGCUCCAAUAUCGUGUAAUGCAUCUUGUCCGAGCAGUACAGGAGGCUGAUCGCCAGUUAGAAUCCAAGUGAGGUGCAAUGAUUUUUAAACAGCUUUUAAUCUCGAGGUAGAAGUUGUAAAGAGCUGUAGUUUUACAUAUUAUUCGAUUGACUCCUCUACAAAGGUUGAUUAGGUUUCUUAAUCUUUUUAUAAUAUACAGAAUGGUAUGACUUUGG